CCUAUAUUUUUUUAGACGACAUACAUGGCGGAGUUCGUACGUACGGUAACUUUGUUGAGGAUCGUUGGAAAAAAACAGCGAAAAGCCAUCAACUGUAAGGUGGAUCACUAUUGACGAGCCUUCCGGCUGCUGAAUUGAAAGGUUGAAAUGAAAGACUCUGGGAGUGAUGUGUCCCCAUGUGGGAAGCAGAAGGUUGUCAACAUCGCCCGUGUGUCUGCUCCCACUAAGGAAGAGUUCCUUAACAACUACUUCCAGAAAGAUACUCCAGUGAUAAUCACUGAUGUUGCGAGCAGUUGGCCAGCGGCGUCCUGGAGCCUUGAGUCUAUCAAAGAGAGAGCUGGUCAUAAUAAAGCUUUCAUCAGACAGAACACCAGUAAACAGGAUUAUAAGAUCGGCAAAGCAUACAACAUACGGGAGAGUUCAUUGGGAGAUUACAUCAGUGAUUUGGAAGUAGGUAACGCCCGAUCUCGGAAUUCCUACCUGGCUGUGCAGAACAUCAAGAGUACAUUCCCAGAGCUGGAGGAUGACGUUCCAAUGCCAGACUACAUCGGCAAGAUACACAUGGGCCCUUACUUAUGGAUAGCAGUCAAUGGACACUAUGAAUAUUGCCACUUUGAUCCAGACGAUGGACUCUUGGUAAUCCUGACCGGGCACAAGAGAGUCCGUCUGUAUGGGUGCAGCCCCGCUCCCCUCUACCCUAACCCAUUGGGGUCAAAGGGGCGUACCAUACAGGCCCAGGUCAACUGUGAUGAACCAGACCUGGAGGAGCAUCCAUGUUUUGAGGUGUCGACGUGUCACUGUGGAGAGGUCAACCCUGGAGAAAUGUUAUACAUUCCUGCUUUCUGGUGGCAUCAGGUGACAUCCGUUGAAACAUCCAUUUCUGUGAACUUCUUCUUUGGUGAUGCCGGUGAGAACAACUUCAUCACAAAAGCCAUGAGCAUCACAAAGUGGGAUGCCUUCUCCCACUGGCUCCUCAACAUCAUUGAGCAGAACCGAAGCUUUGACAGCCUCCAAUUAGUCCUCGCCCAUCUCCCCGAUUCCUUAGCCUCGUUCCUCUUCAAAGAAUGGAAGGACAAAGCCUCCCGGGAACAGAUCGAGAUCCUCGUCCAACUCGUUAUGGACUACCUCCAGUUGGACUCCUUACCCACGGAUGAAGACAGGAUGAGUAAAAAUCCACCUCCGAUUAAGAUCAGGGGACUGCUGUGGAGGAAGUAGUGCUGAAUAUGCAUGAAUGGACUCAUGAAUAUGAAUGAGAUAAAUUUUGUGACCGCCUCCUCUUAAGAUCAGGGGGUUGCUGUGGAGGAAGUAAUGAUAAAUAUAUGCAUAUGCAACAGACACACGAGUAUGAAUGAGGAGGUGAUGAGAGACACUGGGACUGGCCUUACAGGCCUAAUGAUUUUAUCGGAUAAAAAAGCUGUGACGAAAGCUUUUCUUUUUAUCUGUGUUUUAUGAUUAGUCUGAGCUGAUGUACUGUCAGCCUGCAUUUUUGAUCAUUUGCAUGCAGCAUACAUGUACAUGGGCACAAUGUUGUGUACAUCAUGAAGCGUUGUUUAUUCAUGUUAAUGUACAUUGACUGCAAAUCAUUGUGUAAAAUUAAUGCAACGUCAACCAAGUCAACCAACGUACAUCUGGCCAUAUCCGGCCUAACUGGUAUCUGGCGUUGUUCGCGAGCCUCGAAGUGUGAAAUCAGAUGUUCUGGCUAGGUCGAUACAUGGUGGACAAGGUUGGUAAUGGUGUCUGCAUGGAGGGAUUAUAAGGAGCUGCCCCUACACCUUGUGAUUAUGCUAUCCGAUAAUUAUUCAUAUUUCACUCAAAUGCCUCCAAUAUUUGUAUAAAAAGGAACCUACUGAUGACUUGAAAUUAGAGCUACAGUCUUGCAACUUUAAACUUGUUUUUUGAAAGUCAAAGACAAAUUUUACUGUAAAGUUUUGUAUACAAUUCUCAUAAUUGAAAAUGUCUCCGUUUUGUGAGAUAGAACUCCUUGAGACUAAACAGUUAAAAAGGAAGCAAAAGUGAGGAGCAGCAAGCAUACAUUGUGUUGCAGUUUGUUUAUAUUUUUUAACAUUUGGGGUACCUAGCUUUAUUCAUAUUGUCGUAGUUUUCACUUUAACCACACAGGAGAAAACAGACACUUUUUAAAACGGCAGUUUCAAAAUUAUUUUAUUGUUGAAAAUCAAAACUGGUAACAUUGUUGAACAGCUGAAAUCUGAAAUUACAUGUAAGUUUGUGGAUUUGUUUAUUUAGUAUCCUGUGCAUUGCCGUAUUGAGUUUACAUGUUCGUCAGUUUUACUUAGUAUCAUAGUAUUGUAUAUUUCCUAUUUUUAAGUGGAUACCUACUUCAAUCUUUAUGAGUUAACUCAUGCGGCCUUUCCAGACUCUCCUCGUUCUCUAGUCUUGGUGCAAGAAGUUUUUGUUGAGUUAGUAAAACCAUAAAACCAUUUGCUGCACACAUUGCAACUUGUUUGAUGUGCAGUGUGGGGCAGGGAAUCGUGAUUAAAUUGAGUGAUAAUGAAGAACAACAUCUUGCACCAAGACUACUUAUUCUCCUGCCUGUAGCCCAACCAGUGUGACCAAUUAUUGUAAACAAUUAGCACAAAAAGAAACAAGAUUUGCAAAAUUGUGUAUGGAAAAUGCAAUAAAGUUGCCUUUGUUUUUAAAAGUAAGCCAAAAUAAACUGAAAUAGAGUAAUUUGAAAACAAAACGGUAAAUUUUAAUAAACCAUUCUGCUACAAAUCAACGAAUGACCAUCUCUUCAACAACCCAUUGUUUUUUAAUGGUUCCCAGUUAAGAGUUUUCCAACCAGCAACAGUAAAAACAAUAUUCUGUGUGGGGGAAAAAUGUAAAUAAAAACAGCCCUUCUGUGAAUGAUAUGAUAUUUUGCAACAAAACUCAACAGAAGCUCAUGUAAAUUAGAAGUUCAAGGUCAUGUAAAUUAUAUAAAUUACCUGUAAUUAUUAUACUAAUUAUUUUAAAGUUAUUGCAGAACGAAAUAAAACUUAUACA